AGACGAUGCGACUGCAGCUGGUGGUUGCGGUAUUUCUCGCGUGUUCUUUCGGGAAUUGUGUGAAGAAGAGCUGGGUCGACCCGAAGUCGGUUCGCGCGACUGCUCCGGCUCCGGACAAGUCAGGGUGGGUUUCUUCGGAUGCAAAAAGAAGGGACACCAAAGGUUUGCCUGCGGAAAGAAUAUGUCAUCCUUCCUCGAAGGCACCUGCCCUGUUUGCUCGUUUAGUCAAGCGAAUCCUGUUCCUCUUCGAGGAAUAUUCGGAAAAAAGCGGAUCAUCAAUCAAAACCCGGGAAUUCGUACUUAAGAUGCAGAUGAGUUCAGAAGCCGAAGAAUUUCUGGAGCGUUUCACAUCGGACGGCACCGAAAUCGAAGACUACCAUAGAAUCCACGAAGUUCUUGAUUCUUUGUUGGAUCCUAAUAACGUUGUUCGGAAACCAUCAUUGAAAGAAAUGGAUGAAAUAGAUCAUGAAUCUGGUUGGUUGCGUCUCGUGGCAGACGUCAUCUCUGUAUGUUCUGCUUUCAUCGCGACAAUCGUUUCAUUGAUCCUUGCCAACAUCAAUAUGGGGGUUCUCCUUGGCAUCUGCGGAAUUAUGAUGACGUACGCGGUCUACAAAGUAUUUCUUGGCCACUGGCACUUGUCCAGGUUUCUGGUUGCCGUGUUCCUCAUCACUUUCUUUUGGCAAGGAUUUCGACAAUACGAGAGCUUAUUAAACAAAAGAAAUGGAGUACUGAGAAUGGGAGAACAGCUCAGAUGUGAUGAAAAAGCCCGUCAGUAUAUUCAACAUAUUCCAUGGUAUAAUUUUUGGAGUGAGAGACCUUCGCUGAAUGACUCGACGUGCGAAGAGUAUUUCGUGGCUGUUGAGAAAGCUGUUUGGUUCGAAAUGGACCCUGGAAAAAUGCUCGUUGAUGUGGUGGCACUCGGUUUUCCAUUAGUGAAUCAAUACUACGCUGCGCUUGUUGAGGGAACCUCGUGGACAAGUUAUUUUGGAUCAUUGGUAUUCGGUUCAUUGGUGCCGAUCGUGGUUUUAUUUUUCUGCUGUGGAUACGAGUUCUCGCUGCUGCCGUUCGUGGGUGUCAUACGUCCCGGAGCGCACAGAUAUGCUGCUUAUGAAGAACCUCCGCCACGUCCAGGGCCUUCUGUGGCGGCUCGGGAGCGUCCCAUGGUUGAGGAGGAUCCCGGUCGUUGGCCGGUUUUGCAGUCUAUGUCGACCGACGAGUUGAUCUCGCACCAGCAUUUAGUUCGUGCCCUUCUCCAGGUACGCGUUGGGCUUCCAAUCAAACGGCGGGUUUCUGCGCCCGUCAUCAACCGGGUUCCAUCUCCGCCUCGAAGGAGUUUAUCUGAACCCGACGCACGGAGUGUGCCUCUUCCAUCGAUUCGUGGUGUGAGAUCGAUUUUUGAGAAAGUCGCCGAAGUGAACGAAUCCGAGACAGAGUCGACGGGCGGCGGCAGUGAAAAUUCAGUGUUUGUGGUUUCGGAAUGGGGCGCUGAAGAUUCCGCGAAUUUCGAUCUUGAUGAUUUUCACUUUGAAUCUGACGAUUUCUGGGAUGAUGCGCAACAGGAAUCGUCUUGAAAAAUUGAGUCAAUAUUGUGUGACCUCCGUGGAUAACGUGAGUACAAGAGCAGGGAAUCUUGGACGACAUUGGGAUUUUAUUCAAUUCUCCUGUUCAUUUUCAAGUUUGUUCGAAUUUUUGUUCGUGAAUGAUGUGAACGUGGGGUGGCCCUUAAGUUUUGAGACCGACAGUCGCUGACACUCACUUUCUUUCAUUGGAGAUGGUCGCAAUUUUUUCUCAUCUAUUCCAUUAAACAAAAACAAAAAAGCAUACUGUAGAUGAGUAAAAAAAAGAGCUUGGGGUUUUUCCACAAUGUCAGGAAUUGAAGGUCAUAAGAAGGCAGGCGUAGACAUUCAUUUCAUAGGACAGUGAGUCCACGCAUAACGAAAGAUUCGUGCAACGGAAAAUUGCAAUGUGAUCUCGAGGAAGAAUGCGUUUCACAAAUCGAAAGUUUUGCAUAACAAAACUCAUCCAAGAAAAGAUCAGUUUCAGGGAUUCCGAAGACCCACUGCAUUUCUAAAAUGAAUUGAGUUUGCCACAAUUUUGUUAAACUCCGUUCAUUGGUCUCCGAGUGAAGAGUUAAUGUAUGUUUAAACAUUUCUUAUGAAUUCACGAAGUCCAUGUUCCAGAAUAAUCCUAAAAAUAUGGACCAUACCGCGGGAAUGACCUACGAAGUGUUUCCUGAGUACGAAACUCUGAUCGAAAAGCUCUAGUAUUUUCAGAACCUAUCGUAAAUAAGACUCUACCCAAAUAUUGAACCUGUAAAAUGUUGUUGAUAAAAUUCAUAUUUUCCCCCUCUGAAGCAAGUUAGCUGCCCUCUCCUAAUAUCAUCUUUAAAUCCUGAUACGUAAGUGUCCUUGUUAUUUUUUUCUACGUGUGAAAAUCACAGUAUGUAUUAACUCAUUUUUAGGAUGCUAAAAUAAUUUGAAAUGUCUCACUGUACUUUUGGGGCAGCGGUACUGUAACACUGUACCAUACAUUUUGUCGACUUUCUCCGUUGAGCGGAAGGCAAGUUUCUUGAGAAGCGUAGAUGUCGCUUGUCGUAUCGACUUUAUGUUUUUGUUGAAUAAUUUCCAAUGUCAGUCUUUGUCUGUCCUCUCGAUGUUGGCCUACCUCCUUAAAUGAGCCGUUAGUAUUGAUGGAAGGGAAAUUGGAUACAAUCUAUCCCAAAACCUAAUUUUGACGGGGUUGUUAACCAGGACUUGGGAUAAACGCAACGUUUGACUAACCAACUGCCGAAAAAGCCACCGUUUUUGGGCACAACGAUUUCUAGGCGGGUAAAUUGUGCAUUUAUUGGGGACGCAAAUAUUAUUUUGUGUAUGUUUAUUUGAAAGGAAUAUUUUCAUGAUUCGUGCCGCUCGAGGCUUUAUUGCCCUAAACGCGGGUUGAGUCACAUGUGGAUUUAUGUUCUCGAAUUUCACUCUUUCUCGAAGUACUGUAUUUUCGAAUAAUUCAACAGAGCUAAAAGUACUUGAGUACCGUUUCUUGAAGUGGAAGCGAAGCUUUUCUUCGGUGUUGUCUUUGCGUUGAACUCACAGGCUAGAAGCCGUGAUAAAUUUGAAAGUCUUCUGAGGUUAUUUUUAUUAUUCUCCCAGGAUACCUUUUUUGAAAAUUUCUGGAUCAAAAAUAAAUUCUCUAAUCUAUGAAACUCUUCUCUCAUCUGGAUUUUCAGCUGCUUGAGCCACACGCUUGGUAAUGCUGCUUUGUGUUGUGCUGUGCUAAGGAGUGAUUCGGGUUAGAUUAAUACUAAAUCACCAGUUGAUUUGAGUUCAAUCUUGUCAGUUUCGGCGUGGUGGAGUAUUUUUGGGGCUGACGAUUCAGACGACACUUCAAGAUGCAAUGUUAUAUGCAGGUAGAAAGUGACUCCCACUUUUCUGGAGUGCGGUAGUGUACCUUGAUAUUUCGAGGAAUCAAAAUAAUUCUUGAUUUUCAUGUUGCACAGUGAAUAUAAUAUUUUAUUGCAGAAAAGCCGCUUGUGCAUUUAUGGAAAGUCUGCCGAGUUCAUAAAAAUAAUUUCGUGGAGAAUAUUGCUGUAAACAUCGUACUGUAUUAUGUAUGUCCCAAUAGGCGUUGUUUUCGAAACUCAGUACUCGAAUAAUUGCUUUCAAUCAGAAACCUGAUGUAAUAAGUUCAGAGAGGAAUAUGUGACAGAUUCUACGUUUCAUGUCUCUCAUGACCGAGCAAUCGCAUGUGAUUUAGAAUUUAUAUAUCAUUGGUACAUCAUUUUGUCAGUUCUGGGGCAGGAGAUGAGGAAAAUUCAUCAUCGAAUUUCCAUUCCGGUAUUCUUUUGAAUGUGAUUUGCUGUGUGCCGAUGACGAUUGCUCUUUGUCGAGUGUGAAGCGAUUUUUGUAUUCUUACACACACGCUGGAAAAUUAAAGGCAUCCAAAAUCGGGUGAAAAGAGAAC